GACUCAAUUAGUACUUGAGAUUGGUUUUCUCUUAUGUCCUUUCUAUUUGCUGGUACCCGGCACUUGUUUCUGUUUGUCGAUCAAUCGAAGCGAGCUUGCGAUUCUCGAGUUUAAUCAGACCUAUCCAGAGCUUUUGCAAUUCUACGAAAACCCGUAUUUUUUCGGUUUUCAAUCAACUCCACGAUCGAUUUUCAUUUGGGGUGUCAUCGUUCUAUAUGGCGCCUUUUUCACGGGCAUUGGCGAGGCUUUGGUUGUUCUAAUUGCGCUCACUUUCCAUCAACUCCGACAUGUGAUGAGUCCAAAAACCCUGAAAUUACAAUGGAAAUUAGCUCGUGGGUUGUUCAUACAGUUUCUUGCAUCGGCUGUAAUGUUUCUCGUGCCGGGUACCUGGUUUGGACUUGUCUACUUGUCGGGAACGGUGAUGGGGACUCGCUACAACAUCUUCCCGACAAUGUUCAUCGGAAUGCAUUCUGUGGCUAGCACAAUUGUUCUGCUCACAUGCUAUGAAAACUAUCGAAGAUAUGUGCUGAAGAUAUUUCUUCUCUUUGGCACUUCAAUCCAAGCAAUGGAAAUGUCAACGAAUUUCCGGAUAAAACAAAGGGAAUUAAAGAAACCAUCUCAUGAUAUGGCUUGGACAAAGAAA